AUGCUGUCUCGGGCAUUCUGUAGCUGUGGGAAUCGAAGGAUAUACAGCUCAGCACAUCCUGCAUCGAGGGUAUGGAGGUCCAAUCAACCAAUAGUCGUGCGACCAAGUGUUCGCAUCUUCACCCAGUCCGCCAUCUUAAGCCGCCAGAAUGAGACAAAGAAGCCAGCACAGGCAGUCCAAGGCGUCGAGGCGGUGCCCAGCAAGUCGGAAACCGUGGAAGUCAUCAAACCAGAAUCUAUACAGAAGGCAGAUCCCGUCAAACCUGACCCAGUCGCCAACAAGGCUCCCCUUCUCUCUGAGAAGGUCGUCUCCAACAAGGAGCAGCGGAAAGUGGAUUUGGCCAUCAUGAAGGAAAUGGUGCAGUAUCUCUGGCCCAAGGGGGACUGGGGCACCAAACUACGCGUCGGUACUGCUCUAGGUCUACUGGUGUCGGCCAAAAUUCUGAAUGUCAAUGUUCCUUUCUACUUCAAAAACAUUGUCGAUUCAAUGAACAUUGAUUUUCUGGCAGUCGGCGGCACGGCCUGGACCGUGGCAGGAUCGAUGAUUGUGGCGUAUGGAGUGACUAGGAUCGGGGCGACUCUGUUUCAGGAACUGCGAAAUGCCGUUUUCGCCAGUGUGACCCAGAAGGCUAUCCGCAACGUGGCUCGCAACGUCUUCGAUCAUCUUCUGCGGCUGGACCUGAAUUUUCACCUGUCCAGGCAGACUGGCGGGCUGACAAGGGCGCUGGACCGAGGAACGAAAGGUAUCAGCUUCUUGUUGACUUCCAUGCUGUUCCAUAUCUUCCCUACAAUCCUGGAGAUAUCCAUGGUGUGUGGCAUCUUGACAUACAAAUAUGGUGCUUCAUUCGCUGCGAUCACCGCUGCAACUAUGGUCGCGUACUCGGCGUUUACAAUCGCCACGACCUCUUGGAGAACGAAGUUUCGAAAGCAGGCAAACGCGGCGGACAAUCAAGGCGCGACGGUGGCAGUGGAUACCCUCAUUAACUAUGAGGCGGUGAAAUACUUCAACAACGAAAAGUUCGAGGUCAACCGAUACGACAAGGCUCUGAAAAAGUACGAAGACGCAUCGAUUAAGGUGACAACCUCGUUAGCAUUUCUGAACACCGGUCAGAAUAUCAUCUUUUCCGGUGCAUUGGCUGGCAUGAUGUACCUCGCGGCAAAGGGUGUGGCAGCUGGUGAAUUGACGGUUGGAGACUUGGUCAUGGUCAACCAACUCGUCUUUCAACUGUCGGUGCCCUUGAACUUCCUGGGUUCGGUCUAUCGCGAACUUCGACAAUCGCUGCUGGACAUGGAGACCUUGUUCAACCUGCAAAAGGUCAAUGUGACGGUGAAGGAUGUCGCCCAUCCAAGACCUCUGGCAUUGACUAAAGGAGGAGAGAUCAGCUUCGAAAACGUCACGUUCGGAUAUCAUCCGGAUCGGAUGAUAUUGAGAAAUCUGAGCAUGACAAUCCCGGCUGGAAAGAAGGUGGCCAUUGUUGGUCCGAGCGGGUGUGGGAAGUCGACCAUUCUUAGACUGCUGUUCCGAUUCUACGACGCGGAAUCUGGCCGAAUUCUAAUCGACGGACAGAACAUCAAGGAGAUCAGCCUCGACAGUCUACGACAGAGCAUCGGAGUAGUUCCACAAGACACUCCGUUGUUCAACAACACCAUCGAGCACAACAUUCGAUAUGGCAAGAUUGACGCGUCCUUCGAGGAGGUCAGACAUGCGGCUCAGCGAGCCAGAAUCCUUGAUCUCGUGGAACGUCUACCGAACGGCUGGAACACCAUGGUGGGCGAGAGAGGUAUGAUGAUAUCCGGGGGCGAAAAGCAACGACUUGCCAUCGCACGACUCCUGUUGAAGGAUCCUCCCCUGCUGUUCUUUGAUGAAGCGACGUCGGCCCUGGACACACAUACAGAGCAGACGCUGCUGCAAAACAUCAACAGUAUCCUGAAGGAGAGGGCCAGCACGAGUGUCUUCGUGGCACACCGCCUCCGCACGAUCUAUGACAGCGACAUCAUCUUUGUUCUCAGCGAGGGUCGGGUGGUUGAACAAGGUACUCACCCGGAACUGCUGGCUUUGGGAGGGCUCUAUGCCGACCUAUGGGCCGCACAAGAGGUCUUGGUCGGGCAAGACUUGACUAUUGAGCGCGAACUGGAAGAAGAGCGAGAGAUUGAAGCGAAGCACAAGGGGAAAUGA